AUGGCGCCCCAAGUCCUCGUACUCGGCAUGCCUCGCACUGGCACUCAAUCUAUUGGCCAGGCCCUCCAGAUCCUUGGACUAGGCGAGUCCUAUCACAUGACCACCGUUGGACCUAACAACCACCACGACGCCUGGUGCACUGCCAUCGAGGCCAAGUUCGGCGAGGAGGAUGCCUCCGAGGUCAUCACCCAGGAGUUCUUUGACGACCUCUUCAAGGGCUACAACGCCGUCUCCGACUUCCCCGCCUCCAUCUUCUACAAGGAGCUCCUGGCCGCCUACCCCAACGCCCACGUGAUCCUCACCAAGCGCGCCGAGGACGCCUGGUUCGAGUCCAUGUGCAAGACCCUGCACGUCGCCUACAUCAAGGCCAAGGCCGAGCCGUCCAAGCUGGCAAAGCUGUACCACAAACACCUCUGGGCCGACAACUUCCUCCGCAACGGCCGCGAGGCCUACCGCCGCCACAACGCCGGCGUCAUGGCCGCCGCUGCCGACCGCAAGGUGCUGGUCUUUGACCCGUCCAUGGGCUGGGCCCCGCUGUGUGAGUUCCUCGGCAAGGACGUCCCCGCCGUGGGAUACCCCGCCAAGGAUAUGUGGCAGGGCUACAAGCGCAUGCUCAAGGAGGUCGAGGAGGGCAGGCUCACUGAGGAUGCCAUCACCAUUGGCGCUCGCAGGGCCCAGGGUCCCAAGAUCAACUCGGCUUACAUCUACACUCAGUCCAAGGAGGCCGAGGUGAAGGGCAUCAAGUCGGCCUACAUCUACACUCAGUCCAAGGAGGCCGAGGUCAAGGGCAUCAAGUCGGCCUACAUCUACACUCAGUCCAAGGAGGCCGAGGUCAAGGGCAUCAAGUCUGCUUACAUUUACACACAGUCCAAGGAGGCUGAUGUGAAGGGUAUCCAGUCCGCCUACAUUUACACUCAAUCAAAGGAGGCCGAUGUGGAAGGCAUCAAGUCCGCCUACAUCUACACUCAAUCAAAGGAGGCCGAAGUAAAGGGUAUCCAAUCGGCCUACAUCUACACUCAGUCCAAGGAAGCUGACGUAAAGGGUAUCCAAUCGGCCUACAUCUACACCCAGUCCAAGGAAGCCGACGUAAAGGGUAUCCAAUCGGCUUACAUCUACACUCAAUCAAAGGAGGCCGACGUGGAGGGCAUCAAGUCGGCUUAUAUUUAUACUCAGUCCAAGGAGGCCGACGUCAAGGGAAUCAGGUCCGCCUACAUCUACACUCAACAGAAGGAGUCCAACGAUGUUGAGGGUAUCCGCUCCGCUUACAUCUACACUCAGCAACAGGAGUUGGACCUUAAGCCCUCUCGCGAGGGCAUCAAGUCCGCGUACAUCUACACCCAGUAG